GGGGUCCGUUAUUUAUCUUGUCCAUUUUGAUCAAAGUUGAAAAAAAAAGGUUUGAAUCGUAGGCGUACUCUUCAAAACUAUUACUUUACUUUUAGAAGAUGGUUUUUACGAAGAAGAAAUUGUGAUGGAGCUCAGAAUGCUACUCCUAUUGAACAUAAUAUCCACAAGCUUCCUGUGAACCAUAAAUAGAUGAAGGAAUAAGUACUACCGACUUUUUGGAGGAAAAAUCCGCUAUUGAAACAUGUCAGGAACUUCGCAUUCUGCUGGACAAUCUAGAACAACCAAAAAGACACUUGAUAAAGCUACUGAAGAUUCCAGUGCAGUGAAGAGACAAAAAAGUACUAAAGAUCAUGUGGCGGCAGGGUUAAAAUCAACAACUCAUGGUGUCGUUUAUCAACUGAAAUUGUUGGUUCUAUUUUUAAUCCGAGGUUUGCAUUUAAAAUAUGAUUUUACUCUUGCAACUGAAAUGGUCGCAGGUGAAAAGUUCGACGAUAUUGUAUUCGGUUAUACCGAUGAAAAUGGUAAAGAUGUAUGUCGCUUUUUACAAGCAAAGCAUAAGCAAGUUGAAACUAAAAAUAAAAUAACCCUUCGUAAUUUGCUCACAGAAAAAGAUGGUGAUUUUAGUAUUGAAAAGUACUUUAUUUCGUAUUGUAAAAUCAAAGAAAAUCCCGAAUUUAAAGAUUAUAAGUUAGAAGAUUUUACCAUCUGUACAAAUAGUAAUCUAGACGAAAAUUUGACGAAAAAUUUUGAAGAAAUUACAGAUCCAGAUAAAAUUUUACAUUUUGAAAAUCACAAAGAGUUUAAACGCUAUAAAAUUAAUCGGAAUGAAUUUCCUGAAAUAGAAAAAAUUGUGCCAAUGUUACGUCGGACGUCAAAACAUCAUAAACUAGCAUUUAUGCUUGCUGAUCACGUGUUCAAAGGCAAAUGUUUGGAACUGAGAGAUUUAUUCAAAGCCUACCAUGUUGUACUCGGAGAAAAAGUGAUUACGUGUGUUGUUGGAAAUAAUGAUGUUGAAGUAGUUAAAUUUCGUAGUGAGUUCACAAACGGAUUGCCGGAGUUGAACAAGUUCAGAGAAAGUUUUUAUGAGGAAUAUCAGCGUGUCUCAAAGACAAAGAUUGAGGAGAAUGAGUUUUGGAAGAAGAUGGAAGAGGAAAAUUUGAUUAUAUCUCCGAAUUUAAAAGAAAAAAUUGAAUUAGGUCCUAAUCCUCCGCUUACCAAACUAGAAAACUUGGCUGAAAAUAUUGCAAAAGCAAUAAAAGAGGCCAAUACGAACACUGUCAAAAUAAUGUGCAGGGAACCUGAGGAUGGUAUUAGUAAAGAUAUUGAUAGAUUAGCAGGAUAUGUUUUUGUAAAAAAGAAAGACGAGAAUGAAGAAUUAUACUAUUUGAACUCAAAAUUUCUUGUUGAUGGUGAAAAAUUGCCUGAUCAUUUGAAACAGUUUCGUACUGAAUUCAUUAAAAAACUUGAAGGUACCGGAAUACAAUUUUCCAAAAUAAAACAAUAUAAAUUUCAUAUAGCCAACUUUGAAACAUGUGAAGAGGAGGAGUUUAAUAAGAAACUUUCUUUACCUGAUGAUGAUAUAGAUGGAUUUUUUGAGAGUUUCGUUUUGUCAGUCAACCAGCCUAAUGAAGAAAAGCUGGGUUGUAUUAUUCAAGAAGAAAUUGGUAAAGAUUUCAACUUGAUUGAUAGUGACCUCAUGGCAAGUAAGCUUCAGGAAGAUAUUCUGGAUUGGAUGAAACAGAAAAAGGGUCAUUUUUUAACAAAUGAAGAAGGUAAUGAACUUUUAGUAAAAAUUCACCAUAAAGUCUCCAAGUUGGUAUUGAUUGGCCCUACCUUAGUUUAUCGUGCUAAGAUGGAGGAGUUUGGAAUAUCGUUUUGUGAGGAUUUUAUUGCUCUACAAAACUUCUUAAAUUCAGAAAAACAAAUUUUCAACUUGAUUAGCUCCUCUGACACAAUUUUCAGUUCAAUUAAAGUACUCCAAACGUUGAAAAACCGGAAUAGCUAUCAAAAGGAGGAUAGUUAUAUUUAUAUGCGUUUGGAUUCUCUUUUGCAUAUUCAGGAUCAUGUGAUGGAAGUUUUUAGAUGUGGCACGUCUAAUUUAUUAGCAAUUGAAUGCAAAACCAAGAAAAAAGGGGUAAACUGGUAUGAAUUAUACAAACUGUUAUCCGCUUUAUUAAAAAAUAAAAAUGAUAAAAAAGUCAUUCUCAUAACUUUGAAGGGUAAUAAGUUUGCUAAGAUAUUUAAAACGGAGUUUUUCUGGGAAAUGCCUAAUCGUUAUGAAGAAAUUGAAGACACAAAGACCAAUCUUACUGAUCUGACUGAAGAAUCUCAAAAAAACAUUUUCAAGAAAGGAAAAGUUAUAUUUCUUGGUAAAGAAGUAAGUUUAAAUGCAGUGGUAGAUGCGGACUCAACAAAUCUAUUGUCAGAAGAAGUGUUAUCCAUGCUUAUUAAAAAUGAUGAAUUAAAGAUAGGUAAACCACUCAUUGACCAUACACAUAUUGAGGUUGAGGAUUACUUCAUUGAUCGUACCCUUAUCCGCCAUCUAGUGGUUAGAUCAGAUUUCAUUCUAGAAGAAAAUUUUUUGGUGAUUGAUGAAGAAAAUCCAGAUAGACCUUUUGAAUUGUGUGAUUAUGUAAAGAGAGAGAUUGAAUCUAAACAUGGGUCAUAUACAGAUAUAAUAUUAAUUUCUGAUUCGUGGUAUGAAUUUAUAAAACUACAUGAGGGAUACAGGAAACAAUAUAAUAUACAUUGGUUGAAAAAAGAAAAAGGAGUGAAUGAUAGCUACAUCUGCAGAUGGCAACAAUCUUGUGGUGAUCUAACAAAAUUACGUACAUAUAUAGAUACAUCUGAACACAGUGUUGUAAAAUAUAAACUAAACAAAAUUACAGAUGUAUCUGAUAAAGUGGUUCUUAUUGCUGCUGAGCCAGGGAUGGGAAAAUCGGCUUUGCUAUCUCAUUUGUCACAGGAAACCCAGUAUAUACCAUCUCCUCUGUGGAUCGUUAGAAGCAACUUGAUAGAUCAUUCCAGUGAAUUCUCAGAGUGGCUAGAAAAUAACACAGGUGCUAUAGAAAUCAGUGUACUGGAAGUUGUGAAAUUUCUCUAUAAAAUGAUUUUUGACAAAGUUGUAUACCUCCCCGGAGAUCCUGCAGUUGAUGGGAAAAUGGAAGAUGUGUUGAGCUUAUGUCUUAGACAGAAUGGAGAUUUUGAAAUUGCUGCUGGAAGCAACAUUAUUAAAAAUAUGACAGGAUCAUCAUUGUUGCAGAUUAAGCUUUUUGCUCAUUUUUUCAAUAAGGGUAAAGUAGUAUUACUGUUUGAUGGAUUUGAUGAGAUCAGUCCACAUUAUAAUGAUCUAGUUAUGAAGUUACUAAAAGUUUUAAAAGAUACCAAAGUUAAAAGUUUAUGGUUGACUACUCGUCCUUAUAAUAUUCUACGCAAGCCUGAAAAUCAGUUCAGUGUGUUUGCUUACGAAUUGCAACCAUUUCUAAAAGUAGAUCAGAACAAUUUUUUGAAGAAGUUUUGGACAAAAAAUGUGAAACUUUCAAAAUUUGAUGAAGAAAAAAUUGAUGUUUUUAUUGACAAGUUGGUGAAUCAAUUUUCUAAAACUACAAAUGAUCCAGGUAGAAAAUUUACAAGUAUACCUUUGCAAAUUCUAAUGCUUGCUGAUACACUUUCUGUUGAGUUUAAAAAAAGUCCAGAACCUUUUUGGGGAAAUGAAGAUGCACUAGCUAAUAAGCUAGAUUUAGUCACACUUUAUGAGAAAUUUCUUGAAAACAAGCUUGAUAUUGAGUUAGAAAAAAUAAUCUCUAAUGAACGUGAUAGAAAAAAGCCUGGCGCAUUAAUUGAUAAAAUUGAGAAGAGUUCAGAAUCUAGGAUAAGUCAUGAAAUAUUGGCCGUGUGUUCGAUAUUCAAAGUAGAUCAGUGUAAGAAAUUGCUAUCUAGAGGAGAGCUGGAAAAAAUAAAGAAAUUGAAAAUACUCAUAAGCGAAGCAGGGAAAAAAACAGGAGUCAUCGUUAAUAUUGUUGAUGAUAACCCACAAUUUAUUCAUCGUACUUUUGCUGAAUAUUUUGCUGCGCAAUUUAUUUGGAAAAAAUUCAUUUCCAACAUUGAACUGAAAGAAUUUGAGGAAAAAUUUUUUCGUGAUAUGGUUAUUGAGAUGUUAAUCAAGAAUGGUGCGAUACAAGUUUGCAAAUUUUUGGCAUUGAUUGCUAAAAAGUAUUUCUCCAGUGGCAUUGAUCUUUUCACAAUACGGGAAAGUAAAAUCACAAUUUUGUUAGUGGAACUUACUAAUCAAAUUGACAAUUAUGGCGCAAUCAUGGACGAUAAUUUUAAGUCUACCAAGUUGUUAUUACUAGGAAUCAUUGAGUUCAUCUUAACAAAGCAAAACAAUGAAGUAAUUAAUUUACAAAUCAGUGAGAAUCAAUCACUAAAAUUACUGUGCGUAUGUGCUGAAUUGGGAUACACAAAACUUGCAAGAGCAUUAACGAGUUUAAACACUGAAUUGCUGAAACAACAUCUUAGUCAGGAGGAAAUGGCCCCACUGUCCAUUAUGGUUAGCAGCUGAAAAUUACAAUCUUGAUAUCAUGAAAUUUCUAGUUGAAAGGUUCUCUUAUGAUGCUGAGUGGCAGGAUGAAGAUGAACAAUUUUUAAUUCAGCGCAUAUUUCAAGAACGUGCAUUCAAGGUUCUGAAAUCUUGUUUAGAAUUGAAUAUUAUUGAAAGCGGGCCUUUCAAAGAUCAGUUCUCUGAUGAUGAAAGCUUACUGUUAUAUGUAGCCCUUAAAUACCGAGCCCCAGAAGAAGUGAUAAAAUUGUUGAUAGAAAGAACAGAUGCUGGUACCAAGAAUGUAUUUUUCCGUGACGAAUAUAAAUUAGCAGGAAUCAACAUUAUGCUUAGAGAAUUGCUUAGUUAUGUUAAGCCUAUGGAAAUAAUUGAGCAUGCUUUAAGAAAAGGCAUUGAUUUCUCCUUUUGUUUGAGUGAUGUUCUUGAUAAAUUUAAGAUUAAAAACGUUUGUAAUCCAUUAUUAUUAGUAAGGACUCCUCCCUUUGAUCAUAGCGACUUUAUUGAUCGUUGUUCUUCAUAUACUAGUAAAAAUUACAAUUACUUAUACAAUUUGUUCCCAUUUAUUGAACAGCUUUUGAAAGCUGGUAUAGGAUAUAGUUACAUAGAUGCCAGACUCGGCCACGAACUCCAUGAUCCGCGAUCAUAUUCAACUUACCGAAUUGUUCAGCGACUCAAUGACAUGCAUAAGCUUCUAUAUAAAAUUUACAACAUACAUAAACAGAACGAUAAAGAAAAUGACGACCCAAGACAAAUUUUAUUCGGAUUGAUUUUCAAUUAUAUUAGAUCUCUUGGUAUUGAAGCUGUGGAAAUCACGAUAAACCCGAAGGAACUACGUAUAUAUCCUCAUUAUCAAGAGGAAUGUGAUUGUGAAGACAAAAUUUAUAUACGAGACUUGAUUUCCUGGGUUAUUCGUUAUUCUAUGUAUAUGAAAUAUCUUGAAAGCGAUGUCAAACUAAAUAAUACACAGAAUUAUACGAUAUGUAUAUGGCCUGUUCCAGAAAAGGGAACGAUUCUCAGUGAUACACGUGAAGAUCCUUUUCCUAAAUUCAAAAGUGUUAUGAUGGAAUUGUUUUUUGAGUAUUACAUUCUACGAGCAGAUGAUAAUUAUAACUUGGUGAAAUGUGCUGUAGAUGAACUAAGAAAACGUGUACCCUUAUUAUUAGCAAAUAGCAGUGCACUUCUGAUUCCUAUUGACUUUUUCUCUUUUGUUGGCUAUGUUCGUGAGGUAUAUAAUAAAACUGAGAUACUUGAAAAUGUUAAUGAAAAAAACGAACAUCGCAAAGAAUCUCUCAAUAAGUUGGUAAAAAGUUUGUUGUCUGAUGUUUUGUUACUGCAUUUUCAUCAAAAUUAUAAAAUCAUAGAUGCGUUGAAUGAAAUUUCAGAAGAAGUAAUCAAACUUGAAGAAGUAUUUAGUAAGCUGCUAGAAAUCGGAAAGCAGUCGAGUGGUGAACAUAAUAUAAUACUUAAUGAAGAUCAAGUAUUAGAUAUUUUGGGUUUGAAAAAUAUUACUUCUUCUGAACGUGAAGAUUUACAAAAAUUAGUAUCAGAAAUUUGUGACGAUACCACGGGCUUUCAUGAUUUGGUUGAAAUUUGGUCUUUGCUGGAUAGUAUAGGUCAGCGAAAUGCGAUACCAGUAUUAGAGCAUAUGUUGAAGUUCUCUGAACAAUUGAAACAAAUUUUCGAUUUAUUUAAAGAGCUUCACGAGGGGUAUGAAAACCUCAUUUGUGCUGUUAAAGAGGAUGAUGUAUUUGAGGUAUGGAUAGUGUUACAAACUGUUAAACAAGAUUUUGUGAAGGCAAUUAUUCAUGGUCAAGAUGAAGACUAUGGCUCACCACUACAUUAUGCAGCUCUCAACGGACAAGCGUACAUAAUAAACAUCUUUUUAGACCAUGGAGCUAAUCCUAAUCUCAGACUGUGUAACAAUUUUGAGAAAAUAACUCAUUUCUCGCAAGCUGCGGAAAAAAUGAAAAAAGACCAUUUGUCAGAGGAUUUUGUAAAUUGGACUCCGUUAUACUUCGCAGUGUUGAAUGGCCACCUAGAAGUAGUUCAGAGUUUGAUAGAGAGGGGCGCUGAUGUUAAUCAUGUUCUUUAUCCAGGACGGAGUGGUUAUUCACCAUUACAUAUAUCAGCUUUGUCAGGUGGUAGUUUGAAAAUAGCUCAGUUACUUUUAAAAAAUGGAGCUCGUUUCAAUGUCCCAAAUGGAAAAGGUAAAACUCCUCUAGAUCUUGCAACGUUUGGAUCUGACGUUGGAAAUUUACUCUGCUUUGUCAAUGGACUGUUUCGCAUUGUUGAGGAAGGUGAAAGAAAUGCCGUUAUUUCUGUAUUCGAGGUGUUAGAUUUUGAUUCAUGGGAAGCUGUCUUGAAUGCGCAAAACAUCGAUUCUAAGACACUUUUCAAGUUGACCGAGAUUAAUGCGCGGAAUGAUAUUUUCGAAUUGCUUUCAGAAAAAUUUAGAUUGGUAGAGUCUCGCGUUCUUCAAAAUACCGCACGCCGCCGCGCUGCGCUACCGCCUGAAUCAAAUAAAGCGCGCCGCCGCCGCCAAAGUUUUUUUCAACUACUCACUUGCAUCGUCGGUAAUCGGCGUGACGAAUCCCGAGCUACAAUUUUCCGCUGGUUAUCCGAUCGUAUAGGUACGGAUAGUCCCCUCGGAUAUCUUGUCCUUGCAUUGCUUCGCCUGAAAAAACAUCGUUUUUCUAGUUUUCAAAACUAACUUUUGCUUUCACUCCGCUCGUGCCCGUUUGCUUUUCAUUUUCAAAAUUGAAAUUUUUAAAAACCUGUCAUUCAAAUUCUAGAAUUUUGAUCUAAAGUGAAUAAGUUUCAACCCUUCCCUCGAAAUACGAAUCUUUAAAAGCUUUUGCUCUUGCUUUGCUCGGGUCGAUUUCUAUCAGUUUUCUGAACCAAAAUAAUCAAUUUUUGAAACUUCCAUCAAGUCGAAUGAAAAAUAACAAUUUUUCAAAGCCUUACGGCGAAUUAUAUCAAUUGGCAAAAUUGACAAUUUUUCCAAUGGAAAACUUGACUGAUUUGUUGCGAAAUUGUAUAAGAAGACAAAAACAGAAAUCAAUUGUACAACUUGCAUUCAAGUAUCCGAAUCUGAGAAAAAACUAGGAUGAGAAAGAAUCUUAAUAGGAAGGGGAUAAAAUGUUGAGGGCCCCAUUCGAUGCAUACGCAGCGGCCCCAACCAAUUCAGUCCGUCACUAAAUGCUAGUUAUGGAUGAAAAAGUUCUACCCGAAAAAAAAAAAUUAUGGAUAGUUUUUACUAUUUCACACAGUAACCGGAUCCCAUUCAAAAAUAUAAAUUGUGAUAUUUACUAUGAGAUUAGUAAAUUUUAUUCUGAGAGUAAUAAAUGUUACCUAAUUAAAAAGUAAAAUGUAUUUUUUGGCUGAGUAAAAAUCACUAUUAUUUUUGAAUGGAAUCCGGUUACUAUACUGAAAUAGUAAUUUUUAUUAAACAUUUUUUCCGUGUAACUUUUCAAGUUUUUAUUUAUCAACGACAUGACAGGUGUAAUUUUUAAAAAACGUUGAGCAAAAUUUCAGAAAAAUUAGUUGAAAAAGUUUUCGUUUCUUCAUAGCAUGAAAAUUCAUACAAAAUUGAAAAAAAAAAUCAAUCAUCAGUCAAAAUGACAAAAAGACACACUUACCUAUUCUAUUUUUACUUUUUUCUACAAGUGGAGCUAACAUGACAUUCUUUUUUACAAAAAUUUAAAAAUGUGGUCAUUAAAUUAAACGCAGGAUAGAAUCUCAAAAAUUUUAAUUCAUAUUUUAUGGAUGGGGGGGGGGCAAAAAAAUCAAUGAGUGGUAUUUUCUAGAGAUGAUAGGGAAUUUUCGAAGAAAAUUUCUUUUUGAUCCUCCGCGGCCCCGCGCGGGUCCAAGAAAAAGAUGAAAAUUCAAAGUUAGCAUUUUUACUCCAAAGUACAUACCUAUUACCUACAUUCUACAUUAAAAAGUGAGUAAUAUUUGUAUUCAAUUUUGUUGUCACGCCGAGACCAAGUCUUCUGGAAAAAUCAGAAAUCACGCUGGAGAUUCCAGAAUGGCCAAAAAUGGUGAAAUUUGGUUCUGGGGAGUUGAUAUCAAUUGUAAGACUCAUUUCCAUAAUUUUUACUGGAUAUAAGAAUACAUUUUUUUUUUUUUUUAAAUCGCCGAAACGAUUAGUUUUUGAUUUUUAAGAAUUCGUCGAAAUUCGGAAAAUCAAUUUGGAUAGCUUAAAUUUUGGAUGAGGAGGUUUCAGAUCAUGAUAUUUCCAAAAAUAGAAGGCGAGCCUCUCAAGAGAUCCUCUUCUUAAUGUUAUAGGGAUUGCUUGGCUAAUUGUACGUACCUAAUGUUUUUAAAUAUUUCCUUCGAAUGAGAAGUUGAGAACCUAUUGAUUUUUUGGUAUUAUGGUAUUACCUACUCACAUCACACAUGACUCUAUUUUUAUAGGAAUGACUUUAUGUUUAAAAAUGCUAUGAUGGAUGUUUCUUCUCAUCUCAGUUAAUGAUAAGAUGACAACAGCAUUCUUGUAAAAAAGUUUCUUCAAAUCAAAGGCGAAGCUUUCUAGAUUUAUCAUUUUUUCUAUUACUUUGUUAUUAUUUAUCUAUAUUUUUUUUUAAAAUCAGUCAGUUUACUUUAUUCCAGUCUUAUUUAUAGUCAAUUACCUAUUUUAUAGUAUAAGGUACCUUGACCUCCGUACUAGAGUGCGAUUGUCGAGAGUUUAUCGUUACCUAUCUAUUUACGUAGGACGUAGGUAAUUGUAUUUUAGCUAUUAGAUAUAAUUUUUUCUUAUUUGUUAAAUCAAUAUUCUAAUACUUACUCACUUAUUGAAAUUUUUCUUUUGAUUUUAUUCAUUCAAAUCAUCCAAAAGAACAUGCAGUUAUUUUGUAUUAAACGACUCGAUGCAAUUGCCAGAGUAUAUUUUCGAAUAAAAAGUAUGAAGGAAAAAAACAUUCAUAAAACUCUUUUAUCUGAAAAUUUUUAAAAACAGAGAAAUAUUCAAAAUCGAUCAAUGCAUGUACAUAAUACAUUCUGCAAAAAGGUUUCCCCUAUGAAAAAGGGUACCUAUAAUGUGUUGAUAAUAUUUUUCAAAAUUUUUGAUGUCCAAUUUCUGUUUUGCUAGCGUUGAUUCUUUUGGUAGGUACCUACUUAUUUAGGUAAGUAUAUUUUUCGUAUUUGGUGCAUUACGAUUCUCAAAGUAUGUGAUCUUUUUAAUAGUGAUCUAAUUUUAAACUACCUAUACUUUAUGUAUAAGUUACACAAUGUCUUAGUACUUAUAUUUUUUCGCAUUUGCAUUUAUGAAUAUGAAAUUAUUCAUUGUGAUAUUUUUAUGAGAAUUGUCGAAAUGAAAUAAAUUCCUGCAAGUAUUGCUGCAGUUUGA